GGUUGAGAUGAGCGUACUACUCCCCAAUAUGGCGGACUUCGACACUAUCUAUGAGCUGGAGGAGGAGGAAGAGGAGGAGGAGGAGUCCGAACCUGUGGUGCGGAGCCAGGAGCUGCCCCGGCCCCGCGAUGCGCCGGAUCCCGUAGCGGUACGGGGUGCCGGGCACAUCACCGUGUUUGGCUUGAGCAACAAGUUUGAUACAGAAUUUCCUUCUGUUCUGACAGGGAAGGUUGCCCCAGAAGAAUUCAAGACCAGCAUCAGUCGUGUGAAUGCCUGUUUAAGAAAGAAUCUCCCCGUCAAUGUAAAAUGGCUGCUUUGUGGCUGUCUGUGCUGCUGCUGCACACUGGGCUGUAGCCUGUGGCCUGUAGUCUGUCUUAACAAAAGAACUAGAAGAUCAAUUCAGAAGUUAUUAGAAUGGGAAAAUAACAGACUGUAUCAUAAGCUUGGUUUGCACUGGAAGCUGAGUAAAAGGAAAUGCGAAACUAGCAAUAUGAUGGAAUAUUUUGCCUGAUCUCAGGAAGGGAAGUAAUUGUAGAAAAACUUCCUGUAAUGGCUGGCCGUAGCAAGACCACUUGAUAAUAGUAAGCAAAUGAAAACUGAUGCAAGUUCCCUCCCCUUCCUAACUAGAAAUAAGAAAUCGGAGAAAAAAACAGCAGAUGACUUGAGUAUCUGCAAGUUCUGAUGAAUAUCAUCGUAAGUGUCCAGGCAUUUCUUUGCAGCAACUUGACUCCUUGUGACAUCAUUCCAAGUUGCUUUUUAGUUUCAAGGUGACUUGGGAUUUCCUCUGAAUGUAUUUGCAUCUUUUCAGUAUGCAAUAUUGUCUGAAAAUAAUAGUAUUUGUAAGACCAUUGCGUUCUAAUAAUCAUAGUAGGCCAGAUUUCUUGUAUGCAGUGUUUACAGAAGGCCAGUUUUAUGCAAGUUAUUACUUCGACUCAAAUUUCGUGCUAUUCUUACUGUACAGCUGAGGAGUGUCAGACUCCAGUGCUGACAGUAGUUUCCAAUCACAGACUGAUGCUUCAGAUUCUGAAAUCUGUAUACUUAGUGCAGAGGUUUCAUUUGACUGGUAGAUUGGUGACGACUAACUGUGUAAUUGCAUUUGUAUUAUAAUGAAUAAAAACCUACUGUGUUUGAAUUUAACAUUAGCUACACCUUGCAACUCAGAUUUCUAUCGCAGAACCAAGCAAAGUGUUCUCUCCAAUUUAUUUUUUUUUUUUUUUUAGGAUGAGUGUUAACUGGAAGCAGAGAAAAUACUUAAUGGCAGAAAAAUGCAGUGUAAACCAAAACUGAAAUAGCACAUCCAAUUCUAUGUAUUUCCCUUACAAAUCAGUUUCUGGAGUAAAUGAAGGGAGCUUGGCUUAAUUAACAGAACAAUGGAAGUUUCUUACUGUUAUGCCAGAACUUUGUUAGUAAUUUUCUUUUUUUGUGUGUAAGAAACUCAAGAAAUCUCAGAAGGUUCUUAUUUUCUUCUUUAUGUGACUAUAUUUUCAAAACGUUCUUUUCCAACUGAGAGAACAGGCAAGCUGAAUGAGAGCUCUAGUAAUUGCCAGUGGUGAAUGUUGAGCAGUCUUCAGUCUCGCUGCUAAAAGAAAUCCUCUUCAGUCUGUGCUGACUUCCAUCGUAUUCAGUUGAAAAUUUCUCAAACUGAUUUGUCUUGUUUCUGUGAAAUGCUGUGCCAAACUGAGAGAAUACCCUGAGCUACAGGAGCCCCUAGUCCCUCUGGGCUGUUCGCUGGCCACCCCGUGCUGUGAUAUGACCAGAGAUCCAAGGCAGAACAAGAUCGCCGCUUUUGCUUUCCCACCCUCAUCCCUUUGUUCCCUUCCUGUGGGCCUGGCCACGUCCAGUGCCACAGGCUGCUCUGCCUGCAGCAGAUUGUCUGCCUGUGAGUGUCUCCUGGGCACUAAAGCACAGAAUAAUUAGUUUUUAAAGUUUACAUUUUAAGUAUGUAAAUUCUAUACAUUUUACUUUGUCCUUAAUUGUUAAUUAUAUAGUCUUCAAACCAUGAAAGGGUCUAUUCUUUUUGUGUUUUAAUAGACAUUUAAGUAUGUGGCCAUAAAGCAACUAGUAAAGAAUGAGAGUGCCAAAACUGCCAUUUACAGUAAGCUGUAACGUUUUAAUAAGUAGAUAAAUUUGCAUUAAAAUGCAAAACCAGCAAGCAGUAUUAUAUUUGCAUCUGAAAGACACAGGUUCUGUAGCUCAUUUAAAGAUGAAGGCAGCUGUAAGUACUGCUCUGAACUCUGUGCACUUCUGCUCUGCCUACAGGUUCUUUUUUGCCUGGGCUAUCCUUUGCUUUAAUAUAAAGACAUUCAGGUGUAAUUGUAUCUCACGAGACUGAAAAUCUCAUUUUUGACAAUAAGUCAGCAUUAAUUGGUAAACCUAUUUAUGGAGGAUACUUGUUAAUUGGAGAAAGAAUUUGUAGCAAUAUAACAGGGAUUAAUGUUAGCAAAGUGUAGUGGAAGUGGUAAAGAAAGUGCCUUGACUGGUUCUAACAAAAGAGAAAGCAUUGUGCAGAGAGUGAGGAGAAAAGGGAACUAGUAAGUUAUCAGUAGUGUGAGUUUGCAGCAGAUCUUUAAAAGCAGUUACUGUCUACCAAAUCAGUGUUUAAUUUUUCAUAUAAAGAUGUUGACACUAACUUUCCUUUCUAGUUUUUAUCUAGGAAAAAUUUGGGUUUCUAUCUAGUAAGUUUUCUAUCUAAGGAGUAUUGAAGUAUUAAAGAAUACUGGCAGAGCAUCAAAGCUCUUACCUACCGUUUCCCCACCUGCAUCUGUGAAGUUGUUUUACCAUAGGAGGAAAAAAAGUGUUCCAAGGCAUGCACAGACAAGUCUAGAAAGUGUGGAUUGAGUUGUAGAUGGGUGACUUUAAAACAGGAAACAUUUUUGCUAAAUCUGGUGUGGUCUUGAUAAAUAAAAAAAAGUUCCUAUGCUUUUCUUGAUAGGUACAAAACUCCAUAUGCAAAAACAUAAAUAUAUGUAUAUGAUUGUCCCACUAUGACAGUUUUUACUACAUUCACUUGUCAACACACUACCAUUGGAGCAAUAAAAAUGUCAAGCUAUUAAUAGUCAAUGUAAAUAAUUUAUCAUUUUAGUAAGUAGUGUUGUGUGAUUCUUCUGCCUUUUCUGUUUUUGGUGUUCUUAUGGUGUUGUAACAUUACUUGUACUGCUUAAGAAAAGUCGUUUUGUUUAAGCUGUAUGAAACUUUGUGUUCUUAACAUUUUUAUUCUGUUUACAAGUGAACAGCCACUUUUUUAAUAGGACCUCACAUCUUGAGACUUUUUUUUUAAUUAAAAUAAAAUUCUAACUGAGCUCGAUUUCUACAAUUCACUGCACUGGCUUGUGCCAUUAAAAGAAGCUGGAAGUCAGACAUGCUUAAUCACUUUGAGACAUUUUUCUUUAAUUAAAUUUAAAGAUGAAAACCUU